AUGUCGGACGCAAUCGACAACAAAGCUGUCAUGGAACAGCAGCCCGUCGACGAGAAGCAUGCUGUGAGCCCUCACGACAUGCAGGAUAUCCCCAUUGACGCUUUGCCCAAGUCGCGUUGGGAGCGAUCCUGGCCUGUCAUUGCUUGUGGUGCUGGACUAUUUUCUGACGGUUACUUGAACGGCAUCAUCGGCUCGGKCAACACCAUGCUCAGCAAGAUCUACCCCGAGACAUACGCAAAUUCCGCUGCCAGUCGCAACGUCAGUUCCAUUGCCUUCGUAGGAACCGUCGUCGGUCAAUUAGCCUUUGGUAUCACGAGUGAUUACUGGUCGCGAAAAUGGUCUCUCUUUAUUGCAACCGUCAUGCUCAUCAUCUUCAGUGCCCUAUGUGCCGGCUCAUAUGGCGCCGGGGAUAGUCAAGAAGGUCUUUUCGCUGCCCUGACUGCCUGGCGUUUUUUCCUAGGUAUUGGUAUUGGUGGAGAAUACCCUGCUGGAUCUGUCGCUGCAUCUGAGAGUACCGGCGAGCUCAAGUCUGGUCAUCGAAACCGUUGGUUCAUCUUUUUUACUGAUUUCAUGAUUGAUUCUGGAUAUGUGGUUGCGUCUAUUGUGGCUACUGUUGUGGUUGUCAUUACCUCUGAGAAUCACCUCCGUGCUGCCUGGCGUAUUUGUCUUGGAUUGGGUGUUAUCCCGCCUCUGAGUUUGUUGUGGCUGCGGUACAAGUUGAAGGAGCCCGAGGAGUUCAACCGGGAGCGUAUGCACAAGUACCCGUAUGGUCUGAUUAUCAAAUAUUACUGGAAACGAUUGUUCAUCGUCAGCUUGAUCUGGUUCAUCUACGACUUUUCCAGUUUCUCUUUCAGCAUCUACUCAAGCAAAUGGCUGGAAAUCAUCAUUGGCGACUCCGCUCCUCUCUGGCAGAGUUUUGCUUGGUCCAUUCUUACCAACGCCUUCUACCUCCCCGGAUCCAUGGCAGGUGCCUUUUUGAGUGACUGGAUUGGUCCCAAGCAGACCCUCGCAUGGGGCGUGUUUGCGCAAGGCGUUGUUGGAUUCAUCAUGACUGCUGCGUACAAGCAACUUGGAACACCGGAAUAUGUCGCUGCUUUCGUUGUCGUUUUUGGUAUCUUUUCAGCCCUCGGCGAACUCGGUCCCGGUGACAACAUCGGUCUUCUUGCAUCCAAGAGCUGCGCUACCUCUAUUCGAGGCCAAUACUACGGUAUCGCCGCCGCCAUCGGCAAGAUCGGUGCCUUUGUCGGUACCUACGUCCUUCCUAUCGCCCAGAAUCAUGCUCCCAACGCAAUCCGCGCUGGCCAGGAUCCUUUCAUCAUCUCAAGUUCGCUCUGCAUUUUCAGUGCGGUGCUCUGCUGGGUGUUCGUUCCUCAUAUUGGACAGGACACUAUCCAAGAGGAGGACCGUCGUUUCCGUGAGUAUCUUGAGGCGAAUGGAUACGAUACCUCGGACAUGGGUGCUAAGCCAUCCGAGUAA